CGCACAUAAAAAUGAAACGAAACAUUUUGACAAUUCCACUAGGUCCCGCUUCGCUCGCUCGCUCGCUCUCUCUUCCCUCACCCUCUGCUGCGGCGAAAACCGAUACGACACCGUUCGCCGUUGAAUGAAUCUUCCACCACACGAUUCGAUCAAUCUCAAUGGCGUGUUUUGAUUGGUAAAGUACGCGCGACGGAACGAGGCAUGGCAGAAGUGGCUAAACCGAGUUCUGUGCCUCCGAGCUCUCAUCGAAUUGGUUCAGGACCUUUGAAAAGUGGAUCUUUGGUUAGAAAGAAGACACCGUCAGAACUUAGGGGAGAGUUGUUGAAGCGGGCAAGUAAUGUGGACCUUACUGAUGAAUCUCAAUCCACCUUGGCUGAUCCUACGAAGACCACUGAGGUGGACAAUGGAUUUAAAAAAACAAGGUUAUGGAAGCCCCCUAGAUACACAGACACACGGGUUGAUGAAGUAUUUGCUGCCAAAAAGCCCAGGUUCAAAAUUGCAUCUGGAAAGGAAAAUGCAAAGGAAAAUCCAUCUUUGGGGCAAACUAGUAAUCUGAAGAAUUUUUCAGUUUUUUCAACAUUGGAGGCCAAGGGACAGCAAGGAAAUUCAUGCUUGGAGAAUUCUGUUACUUCUAGUGAGGUCAGCAAAGAUAGUGUAUUACAAUCUUGCCAAACAUUUCAAAAGUGCAGCCAAGGAAAAUUUCGUAGUGUUUCUGAGCUUUCAUCAGCUGCUGAUAAAUCUUGUGGCACAGCUGCUAUUGACCUGGGAAAAGCAUUAAGAGGACUAUCUGCACUUGAACCAUCUAAUGCUAAUGACACGGCUGCUGAUUUGGCUGAAGGACACAAAGAUUUGACAACUGUUACAGGAAAUUUCUUAUCUGAAUUCCUUUUACCUGGCAAGAAGGUCCCUUUGGAUCUUAGUCUAAAAACCAGUAUGCGAAUUGUAUCCUCCUCUUCUGUGAAUUGGUCACUUAUGCGUGGUACCAUGCCUCAGUUAACCUUCCAGCAUAGUUAUUUCACGAAUCAAAAUAUGAGAGGUUCCGAGGGCUUUAAAGUUUUACAGUCAUGGAUGUAUCCUCAAUCCAUUCUACCACCUUCUCUAAUUUCCGUCUUGAGCUCAUCAACAUCAGAUGGAGAAUUGGAGUUCUUAAGGAAAAGACAAGUAGCUUGGGAAGAAUCCUUCCGGGACCUCUAUUACAUGCUUCGAAAGAACAUUUGUGGCCUUUUUUAUGUUAGCACUGCCCAGUUUGUGGUGAUGUUCACUGGUGGCGACAUCUCUGGGAAAUCCAAAUGUUCAUGCAAUGCUUAUAUCUCUCAGUCAACCCAAGGGUUAAGAUCAUUGUUAAGAGAGCAUGAUCUCUGUUUCUCUAUGCCUCUUUGCCAUUCGAAAGUAGAACAAGUUUCAACUGAGGAUCUAGUUGAGUUGUCAGAGAUAGAGAAGCAAAACUUAGGACAGACUCGGCGAUUAAGGUCAUUAUCUGAUGUUGAUAAUAGCCCAGAAUCUUUGCUGGUUUUUAGUGGCAACAACAAUGUACAUGCUUUAUAUGACUUUUUACUAAAUUACAGAUUUCUCUUGACCUCACUGUCUAGUGUGGAUGUACCUGUCUUGUGCUCUCCUGUGCCAUUUCAAAAUUCUGCUUUGUCUUCUCCUGACAUUAAAUGCGUGGAGACUAGAAGAGCUGAAGACAUUGCUGCUUCUUCUAAUGGGUCUAUAUGGAAAGAUGUUGAGUCAGCACAAGGAUCAUCAGAUAGCCUUUGUACCAUUGAAAUUAAGGAUGCACUUCUUCCACCUUGGAUUAUUUGUGGUAUAUGUGCAUUGAUGGCCUCUGAAGGAAGAAGCUUUGUGGCAAGUUUUGUGACGGAACCUAGCUCAAUUGGCUUGAAUGUUGCCUUAAAAUCAACUUGUGAGAAGUCGGAAUCUAAAGCUGCCGGCAGUGAAAGCUUACAAGACCAAGGAAGUACGUUUGGCAUUCCAGAAGUUGUAGUCUCUUCUCGACUGUGUUCAUGUUCAUUAAAAGGCGUAAGGUACAGUGAUGAAUCUUAUACAGCAUCGCUAUCCCCUGUACAAUCUUAUAUAAACAAGUAACUUAUAUUCAUCACUUUGAUGGCUAAUUUAUUUAAAUGCCUACCCGUCCCUUGACCCUCCAGAAAAUUAAAAUCUAGGAAUGUUGCAUUUGUAAAUCCAAAAACUAGAGGAACAUGUUGGCAACCAAGAAUAUGUAAUAUCCAUGUCAAUUGCAAGUUGCUAAUUCCAUCAAUUGGUGCAUUGAGAAUUUCAUUCAAGAUUACAAAACUAUGACCACCUUGUGAGGGGAAACAAAUCAAUUACGAACUGUCGAACUCAUUGUGCCUUUGGGCCUUGGCAUUGUAUAUGUAAUUACGGGAUAUUUUUCUUCCUUGAAUUGCGUUUAUUUUUUAUGGCAA